GCAUUUCUCGCUCGGACAGAGCUGGCACUCUGGCGCCUCACUAGCUUGGCCAUCCCAACAGCACACCCGAGCUAUCACGGUCUAUGCUAAGCCCCCUCUGCUCCAUCUUUGAGCACACCGUCAGCAUAUCAGCUCUUUCUUCCCGCCUCUGCUUUCGCAUUUCCGCGAACUCUGCUCAGAAUCUGGACCGAGCCUCCUCAACGCGGCUCAAAAUAUCUGCUGCAAUCUAUGUGUGCACUGCACAGCACGUGACUUCACACAACGACCCCACAGCGUUGCUAUGACGCUAAGAUCACGUGGAGCAAACCGCACCGGCGUGGAGUGCCGUGUUGCACGCCGCUGAUAGCGGCGAGCUAACUGACACCACCGCGAAGACUUGACCGUUGAUAACUUUGCAGGGGUUCUUGAUGCGUACAAAAGCUACCGCAUAUUCGAAUUUAUUGAUAACACCAAUCGCAUACCGCAAAUUCUCGAAACGAACCGCAUUCGAGAAGUAAGAUUCGGCUACUGUUAGCCGAUCCCAUCUAGAUCCCAGACUUCUAUCAUUUAGCUAAGACCCCCUUAUCCAAUGGACGUGUUCGAGAUCGAGUCGGAGGCCACUAAGGCCCGCGACGCCGCCGCCGCCGCGUCCGCUGCCUCGGCGGAAGCAGCGGCGGCGGUGGAGCGCGUGGAGGUGGUGGAGGCGGGCGACGCGACGCCGGCCGCCGGCCUGCACGACCACUUCAAGCCGCUGAAGCAGCUCCCCGCGCAGCAGCGCCAGCAGGAGCUGCGCAAGGAUAUACACUUCGUAGAGCACACGUGGCCGGUCCAUCAGCUGUGCCUCCACUUCCGCACCAAUGCCACCAAGGGCCUGACGGACACGCAGGUGGCGCGCAACCGCACGCGGUACGGCGAGAACAAGCUGACGCCUGGGUACGUGACGCCGUGGUGGCUCAAGUACCUGCAGCAGUACACCAACUUCUUCUCGCUGCUCCUCAUCGCCGCCGCCGCGCUCUGCUUCGUCGCAUACAUCAUCGACGAAAAGGACGUCAAGGAAAACCUGUACCUGGGCAUCGUGCUGCUGGUGGUGGUGGUGGUGACGGCGACCUUCACGUUCCUGCAGGAGCACAAGAGCGCGCACAUCAUGGAGGGCUUCCGCGCGCUCAUCCCCGCCAACUGCCACGUCAUCCGCAACGGCGAGUCCAUGAUGAUCGACGCCACGGCGCUCGUGCCGGGGGACCUCGUGGAGCUCAACGACGGGGACAAGGUGCCGGCGGACAUCCGCAUCAUCUCCGCCAAUGACCUCACUGUGGACAACAGCGCGUUGACGGGCGAGAGCGAGGCGGUGGAGCGGGGGCCGAAGCUGGAGAAGGACGAGAGCGGCGAGCAGAUCUGGCAGCCGCUGGAGGCGGCCAACAUCGCCUUCUACGGCACCAUCGUGUGCAGCGGCAGCGCCAGGGGGGUCGUCAUCGGCACGGGGGACAACACUGCCAUGGGACAGAUUGCAGGGCUGGCUGUCCUGACGGAGAACAACGAGACCCCCCUCUCCAUCGAGCUCGGCCAGUUCGUGAAGAUGAUCGGGCUGCUGGCGGUACUCAUGGGGCUCAUCUUCUUCGCCAUCGGCCUCUCCCUCGGGGAUCCCUUCAUCCAGACGGUCGUCUUCGGCAUCGGGGUCAUCGUGGCCAACGUGCCCGAGGGGUUAUUGGCGGCUGUGACGGUGUCGCUCGCGCUGGCGGCGAAGCGGAUGCAUAGGCGGAAUGUGCUGGUGAAGAACCUGCAGAGCGUGGAGACGCUGGGGUCGUGCACGACGAUCGCUUCGGAUAAGACCGGCACGCUCACGCAGAACCGCAUGACUGUUCAGCACUGCUGGUACGACCUGCGGGUGUUUGAGUGUCCGGCGGUGCACAACCGCGUGGAGUGGGAGGCGUUUAUGAAGAGCCCCGCGGCGUCGCUGGCGUACGAGCCGCAGUCCAUCACCUUCCAGAAGCUGCAGCUCAUCUGCACGCUCUGCAACAACGCCACCUUCCUCUCCUCGCAGGGCGAGGACAUGGCGAUUGAGAUGCGGCGGCCGGAUUUUGAUCUGCUGUCAGCGGCGUGCACGGGGGACGCGUCGGAGCAGGGCCUGCUCAAGUUCGUGGAGCCGCUGCGGUCGGCGCGCGAGGUGCGCGACCUCUACGCCAAGCUGUUCGAGAUCAAGUUCUCGAGCGUCAACAAGUGGCAGCUCUCCAUCCACGUCCAAUCCGCACAGGGCCGUCUCCCCCCAGUGCUGGUGAUGAAGGGCGCACCGGAGCGCGUGCUAGCGCGCUGCUCGUACAUCAUGGUGAACGGGCAGGUGUUUGACCUCAACAGCGAGAGCCGCAAGUACUUCCAGGACGCGUACGAGCAGCUGGGCGGGUACGGCGAGCGCGUCCUCGGCAUGGCCUUCCGCGACCUCGAGGGCUUCGGAAACGACUUCAUGUUUGCGAGCAAGCCCGAGCCAAACUUCCCAACGGACGGCCUCACGUUCGUGGGCAUGGUGGGCAUGCUGGACCCGCCAAGGGAGGGCGUGCCCGAGGCCGUGGCGCAGUGCCGCCGCGCCAAGGUGAAGGUGCUCAUGGUGACCGGCGACCACCCCAUCACCGCCAAGGCCAUUGCGCUCAAGGUGGGCAUCAUGGACCAGGCGAAGGUGGACGACGGCAGUGCGUGUGUGGUGACGGGCGACGACAUCCGCCAGUGGGGCGACCUCACCCCCAGGGACGAGCAGCUCAAGUGGGACGAGGCUCUCUCGCACGACCAGCUCGUGUUUGCGCGAGUGUCCCCCGCGCACAAGCUGCUGAUAGUGGAGCACUGCCAGCGCCGCGGUGAGAUAGUGGCUGUCACGGGCGAUGGAGUCAACGACGCGCCCGCACUCAAGAAGGGGGAUAUUGGCAUCGCCAUGGGCAUUGCAGGCAAGGACGUGUCCAAGGAAGCGGCAGAUAUGAUCCUCAUGGACGACAACUUCGCGUCCAUCGUGAGCGGCGUGGAGGAGGGCCGCCUCAUCUUCGACAACCUCAAGAAGACCAUCUGCUACGCGCUCACCGUCAACAUCCCUGAGCUCGUGCCAUACCUUGUCAACGUCCUGGGCGGCGUGCCCCUGGCUCUGUCCACCGUGCUCAUGCUCGCCAUCUGCCUGGGGACCGACAUGCUGCCGGCUAUUUCUCUAGCUUAUGAAGAGAAGGAGUCGGACAUCAUGGAGCGGCCGCCCCGCAAUGCGCGCAAGGACCACCUGGUGAGCUGGAAGCUGAUCAGCCACGCGUACCUGCAGAUUGGCGUCGUGCAGACGCUCGCCGGCUUUCUCGCGUACCUUGCUGUCUUCAACGACUACGGCUACCCGCCACGCGUGCUCCCAUCGAUCGGCUCUGACUUUGCAACCUCCUCCAUCAUCUGCUCGCUCAACGCCAACCUCGAGCCCGAGCGCUGCGGGUACGGGUGCGCGUCCCCCGACUACACGCUCAUCCCCACGCCCGCCAACUCGCCCUCCUCCGUCGCCUACUGCCUCUACGGGUGCCCCGCGCCCGCGCCCGGCACGGCGGUGGUGGACCCCUUCAGCGAGUUCAGCCUGGGCGGCUUCAGGGGGCAGAAGUACUGCACUCUCACGUGCUACUCGCUGCUCGAGGACUUUCCCGGGGGCACCCUGCCCUCGCAGUGCUCUGCGGCGGAUAUCAGCCAGCUGGGGUUCCCUAACAGGCAGCCCCUGGACCCGCCUGCAGGGCCGACGGGGGGCAUGUACUGGUGGGCGGGGCGAGCACAGACGCAGGCGAACCCAGAGUAUCAGCGGCAGGUGCUGCUGUACGCGCAGUCGGCGUACUUUGUUGCCAUCAUCGUGACGCAGUGGGCCAACCUCAUCGUCUGCAAGACCCGCCGCCUCUCUGUCUUCCAACAGGGCAUGUGGAACUGGGUGCUCAACUUCUCGCUGGUGUUUGAGACGGGCAUAGCGGCGGCGCUGCUGUACGUGCCGUUCCUGCAGGAGGUGUUUUCGGUGCGCCCCAUCAGCAUCGUGUACUGGUUCAUCGGGGUGCCCUUUGCCCUCACCAUCCUCCUCAUUGGCGAGAUCCGCAAGCUCUUCAUCCGCCGCUUCCCAGGUGGAUGGAUGGACCGCUGGACCUCCUGGUAGACACACUGCACAUCACAUAACGGCCGUGCACUGUGCAACCUCGGCUGUCCAACCUCUGCUGUCCAACCUCUGCUGUCUCAUCACAUCAGUCCGAGUCGAUUGUGGGAGCAAGACGUUCCAGCCAAGCAUAUUUUGUGUGUGCCUCUGCAGCUUUCCUGUGCUACUACUAAACUGUAUGUUGUGCCCUUGCCCCAUAAGUUAUGGCCAUGCAUGCGAUGCGACACCUGGUGUGACCUUCGACAUGCACCUGGUAGUCUAUAGCCAUGCGUGCGACUCCCAAAAGCAGCACAAGCUGCAACCGUAGUGCCACAUACGUGUACCCUGUUUGUCCGCCUGGUUUCAUUAGUGCUUGGCCUUCAGGUAUUUCAUUGCGCACAUUGUUAUACCAGUAUUAUUUUACG